AUGGAUAAUAAAAGAAAACUUUUAAAGGAAUUAUAUAUGGGUAGACCUAUUUUUCAAUGGGGUUACUCAAUUGCACUAGAUUUUCACUACAAGGAGAUAAUCAUUGAUAAUGAAACAGUAUCAUUUCAAGUAAGUACCAAUUUGUUAUGGAAUACACAUGGUAGUGCAUUCGGUGAUAGUAAAAUAUAUUAUAGAGAUGUAGAUUGUUGUGUACUUUGUUUUGGUAUUCAUAAUGAACAAUCAUUUAAUAAUCUUAUUUAUUGGAUAAAAGAAUUAGAAGCAAAUACAUUAGUUGAUGAGAAAGUUCCAUUUGUUUUAAUAGGUACAAAAAGUGAUAUUGAAAGAACUGAAAAAUCAAUUUCAAAAGAAAGAAUCGAACAAUGGUGUAAAAAUAAACAGAAAAAUUCAAUAAAUAUUUCCACCCUGCAUCAUCGAAUGGGAUAUUAG